AUGGAAAAAUCCAUUACCAUUGAGGAAUUUUUGACCAGAUCAGAAUUGAGCCAACAUGAUGAAGGGGAUUGUUUGCCAUCAGAAUUUGAGUCUCAGUUGCCAGAGCAUGUUAAAUUAGAUGACAGACCACUUGGUACAGGACAACUGCUAGACUGCUGGGAAAAGUUAUCGUCUCAUGAUCAAAUCACUUUUCAGAAACAAUAUGGGGAUCUAUCACAUUUACUGAAAAUUAGGGUCCAACAUGCUUGUUUUCAAGCCAUGAUAGGGUUUUGGGAUCCAGAAUAUCGGUGCUUCACAUUUGAUACUGUGGAUAUGACUCCUACUAUCGAGGAGUAUGAAUCCCUGCUAAAUUGUCCCAAGUCAGAAAAGGUGUACUUUUACACACCUAUAGAGCAUGCACUUUCUAACUUUGCUUGGAUUACCCAAAUAGACUGUCAACUAGCAAAAUCACAUGCAACUAAACGUGGAAAUAGCCAGGGUUGGUUUUGGAAUGAGCUAGAGGCCAUAUUCAAGAAGAGAUUACAUGAUGAAAGCAAUGAAAUUCGAUUGAGAAUUUUGGCCUUAGGCAUAUAUGGUUUGGUUCUUUUCCCAUCUGCCGAAGGAAUGAUUGAUUUUGAAGCUGUUAAUGUAUUCACAAAUGUGGUGACCCUUAAAAUUAAUCCUGCUACAGCAAUAUUGGCAGAAACUUUCUCAUCCUUGAAUUAUUGCAGAAAAGCUGGAAGGGGUCGUUUAAGAUGUUGCUUGCAGUUAUUGUUUGUCUGGACUGUGAGUCAUAUGAUUGAGGGGAAGAUUUCAGGUUUGGUUGGUACCCCGUGGCAUCUUUAUUCUCAGCUGGAGAAUUUUGCUGAAAAACACUUGCAUGAAGUAGGAAAAACCACAUGGGAAUCAAUGUUCCUAAGUCUAAGUAAAUCUCAAUUUCAUUGGAGAAGUCGAUAUGCUUAUUUCAAAUCUUAUCUGGCGUAUUGUGGUGAGUACCCAUGGGUCCCGUUGAUUGGAGCCCGCUGCUGUAUUAGUUACUGUCCUAACCUGGUUUUACGACAGUUUGGAUUUGAGCAGUUUAUUCCAAGGACUACUAAACUGGCAACAUUUUAUGAAGAUUUCAAGACCUCAAAGAAAUUAUUGGAGUCAGUGAAGAAGGCAUGGAAACAUCCUGGUAGGGUUACUUCCGCUAAGAGAGUAGAAGGAAAAACAACUGAAGGAUAUCCAAUAUGGCAAAAGAAGAGAGGGAAAGGGUAUAAAGUUCCUCCUUUUGAAGGGCCACCCAGGUUUUUGAUUCAGUCUGCUGAAGACACACACGAAGAAGUUCGCGCCCAACAAGAAUCCUAUAACCUAAGUUUGAAUGCUGAAGUGGAAGAGUUAUGGGCUAAAAAAAGAAAGUUAGAAUCUAAUCUAGUCACUCGAGAAAAAGCUUUGGCUAUCAUAAAACAAGAAAAGGAUGACUUGUCAGCUCAGCUACAACAUCAACAACUUGAGUUCCAGCAAUUACAAGAAAAAUAUGUACUUUUGUCAGAAGAUAAGAGGAAGCAAGAUGUCAACAUGAAGAGAUAG